AUGUCUCAGAAAAAGAUUACAGGGGGAAAAUUACCGAUGCCGCCGGCCAAGGUCGCAUGUUUGCAUUGCCGGACAGCGAGAACACGCUGCAACGGCGAACAACCAUGCUAUGGGUGUAAGAUAAGAGAUCGGGUUUGCUCCUACAUCCCCAGUAGGAGGGGCGGUUCACGAAGGAAGCGCGUCCAGAAAGAACACGUAACCGAAGACGAAAUAUCAAGGUCACCUCCAACUCAACAAGUUCUCACUCUUGAAAGUAUCGAACACCUUGUCAUUCCAGGAGCCGGCCUAAAGCGACCAGAAACAAUUGAACAACAGGGACAAUCAUAUAGGAAAGACAAAACCCUUUCAAUAGCCAGUCCAGCUGGUAAUCAUGGAGCUAGAGUAUAUGAAAAGGAAGAGGAGAUACUAAACGCUUAUUACAUCUUCAUUCAUCCUUAUUUCCCAAUACUCCCUCCGCCGAAAAGUCGCUCAACACCCGAUUGCCCUAUUCCUUGGCCGCUGGCGGAAACAAAGAAGGCUCUUCCGAAGUUAUCAGAAUCACCUCUUAGUCUCGCCCUUUCUGCCAUACUUGCACUUAUUCCCUUACCACAAGAGGCGCGCUGUGCUUCGGCGGCAUGUGUUUCUUUUCGAAAAUCUCUAGCCCAAAGAUUUGUACAAGCGGCACUGCAGCGCGUCGACGCUGAUUCGGAAUUCCUUGAUUUCAUUUCAGAUCUUCAUGUGGGCUCAGCAGCCGUCGCUGGGAAAGUCACAGUACCCCGAGACCCUCUUCAUCCACAAGCACCAGUGGAGCUGGAAAGUAUCUUAGCACUACUUCUCUUGAGCAACUAUGAGCACACUGAACGAGCCAAUUUGCUGAAAAUGACAGCCCGAGCAAGUCAAGCUUUGAUAAUAGCAAAGAACAUGUCUCUCCAUCGAUUGGGACUCGAAAAUGACACUUUUUCUGAAGCAAGGAGAAGGGCUUGGUGGAUGACCUACUUUUGCGCGCAUCUGUGUUCCUUGGUUCGACAAAGCGCAUGUUUAAAUAUUGAUGACGACAGCCAAUUCACAACACCUUAUCCACGAUUAGAAUGCGAUCCAGAAGCAUGGUUAAUCUUCCUCGAUGCUCUGCGAGUCGGAGUAGCAAGUGUCAAGUUUACGUCCAGCUAUAACGAACAACUACAUUCCCACGCGGACAUGUCCGCUGUCAAUGAACAGAUGAAAUUACUCGACAGAUGGGUUCUACAAGUCUCUAAUCGCGCAGAGAGCUAUGUACCCGUCUCAGGCUCCGUGGAACUUGAUCCUGCAUACGAGUCUGCUACUGCGCAAGUAAUGCGACGACUUGCACGAAUCAGAUUAUCUAGGUCUUUUAUAACUCCAAUCCCAUGCCGUAGCAGGAUUCAGACUAAUUCCUUUUCUCAUACGACAGCACGAGAAUUCGCCUCCAUCGAUUUCAAGCCUUUUCGGAUACUCCCCUCUUCAGCGCGAAUCACUGUGAUCUCAAGACCAUAA